CACCUCCUUUCCUUUUAGUUGACGGAUUUUUCUUCCUACAAUUUCUAUAUAAACCCCUUUAACUCACACCAAUUUUAACUAUCACUUAAAAAUUUUCUUUUGUUUUCUUGCACUUGAUUGAUUUGAAGGAAAUUUGAAGAUAAAUAUGGCCCUUGAAGCUCUGAAAUCUCCAACAAUGGCGACUGCCCCUUACAGCAACAAGUACGAAGACAUCGACAACAAUUACGUCGAUACAUGGAAGAAAGGCAAGCGUUCAAAGCGACAACGCGACGACGGGUCUUCUUCUUCUCCGCCGCCUCCACCACCGCCGACGAAUGAAGAGGAGUACCUUGCUCUUUGUCUCAUCAUGCUAGCUCGUGGUGGUUCCACCACUGAAAACGCCGUGACAGACGGUGGAAACGAUGACCAUCGUCUGUCUUCGUCUUCGUCAGCACCGGCACCAGCGGCUUUGAAGUUGUCUUACAAGUGCAGUGUUUGUAACAAGGCUUUCCCUUCUUACCAAGCUCUAGGUGGACAUAAAGCCAGCCACCGUAAAUCCUCCACCGAUGCUAAACCCGAUAAUCAGUCCAUCACCACCAGCAGUACCACCGCCAGCGGGGAAACCGGCGGUAACGGUAAAGCCCAUAAGUGUUCGAUCUGCCAUAAGUCUUUCCCUACAGGCCAAGCUUUGGGAGGUCACAAACGCUGUCACUACGAAGGAGGAAACACCACCACCACCACCACCACCAACAACAACAACAACAACAACAAGAGCAGUAGCGUCAGCUUGAGUGGGGUGACGGUGUCGGACGGUGGCGCGUUGAGCCAAACCCGUUGUGUCGACUUUGACUUUGACCUAAACUUGCCCGCUUUGUGCGAGUUGGAAAUCAAAGAUGGAAGCAGAUUUAGUCAAAUCUAUACAGAGCAAGAGGUUGAAAGUCCAUUGCCGACCAAGAAACCGCGUUUUAUGACAGCUUCUUUAUCACAACAUUAAUUUCAUUAGUGUUUAUAGGAAUUUAACAUAGAGUGAAUUCAUUUAUUUUUGGGAUUUAUGUUUUUCUUUUUCCAUUGAUUUUUGGGAUUUCUAUUAAUUUGAUCUUCUUUAGAGUGAAUUCAUUCAUUAUUUGUGACCUCUACUGUUGUAUAUUCCAUUGAUUCAUUUGUUGAAGAAAUGCUUAAUAUAUAUAAGUUUUCUUUUAAUAUUUAA